UCUACAGUGUACCUUUACAUAUUAUAUCCUCUAUUUUUACCAAAACAAUUGUAUUAUAAUCCAUCUACGAAUCAAACUAUUUACGAAAAACCGCUACCGCUUUCACCGUAUUUUCCCUUCGACGAACACAAAUAUCACGUCUUAGCUUAUUUGGUUGAAGAAAUCGGCUGCACUGUUUGCAUCUUUAUUAACUACGGUACCGAUACAUUAUUCUACAGUUUUAUGAGUUAUGUUCUGGGCCAAAUAGAUAUUUUGAAAUACUUUAUAAAUAAUUUCGAUUCGUAUAGUAAGAAGAUUAAAGGACAGUUGGAUUGCGAUGAUGAUAGAUCAGAUUUUGUUACGAUGCAGCUUUGUAUUUCUGAACAUCAAAGAAUAAUUAGUAAGAAGAUUAAAGAACAGUUGGAAUGCGAUGAUGAUAGAGCAGAUUUUGUUACGAUGCAGCUUUGUAUUUCUGAACAUCAAAGAAUAAUUAGGUACAUUAACAAUUAUAAUGAUGCUAUGAGAAAUGUGAUGCUUUUUGAUUUUCUUCAAAGUUCUUUUCAGUUAGCUGUGAUUGCAAUAUAUUUAUUGUAUCAACCCUUUUUAGUUGCAAGAAUUGGUUGUGAAGUUUAUGCAGUUGUAAUGCUUAUUAGAUUGGCCAUAUAUUAUUGGUAUGCCACUGAAAUUAUGUCAAAAAGUUGGGAGCUUGGUGACGUAUUAUAUGAUUCACAUUGGUAUAAUAAAUCAAAAAAAUUUAAGUCACUAAUGGUUAUUUUCUUAAUGAGAUGUAACAAGCAGACGGGUCUUCAGAUUGGGUCAUUAUCGAUUAUGACCUGGAGCAUAUUUAUUGGAAUACUGAAAGGAGCUUAUUCUUUCAUUACUUUUGUCCUGCGUUAAACAGUUGAAAAGUAUACUUCACUUAAUAAUUUAAAAAAUAACUUUCCACUACAUUUUGCAUAUAAUUUUAAUAAAAUUUUAUCACUUGGCAACUAUUUAGUUUUAUUUGAUUGCCCCUAAACAUCCUCUGUGUAUUACAAAAGACCUUAGAGCUUAUGUACUGAGUGGGGUAACCCCUUCGGUGUUAGGUAC